AUGGGAUGUAAUAAGAAUGAUAAAACUAAUUAUAAUAGUUCAUCACUUCAUUUGGCAGCGGAAUAUGGACAUUUUGAAGUUGUUGAAUAUUUAAUUUCAAUUCGUGUGAAUCUUAGUGAUAAAGACAAUGGAGGAAGAACUCCCCUUGAUUGUGCGAAAGCGAAACAAAACCAGAAUCAAAAUUAUAAGAAUAUCAUGAAUCUUCUUCUUACAUCAGGUGCGAAAUAA